GAGCCUUGCAUCAUGAUUCAUGAGCUUCUUCCCAAUUUCCUGUCAACCGUGUGAACGACGAGUCCACCGUCCAGCACGGAUUAUUGGGACGACUCUGGCGGGCAACAAGUUCAAUAACAAAUAACAAGGGGAGCAGGCUUGGGGCUUGAUGAGGGUGCGGAUUUAUCAGGUGCGUGCCGCCUUAGCCGAAAAAUUACCCCUUGUUGACCCCGAGGCUCGAGGAGUCCCUUUCUCAACACAACCUCGCGGCUCUUGCCCACCCCUGCUACGAUUCACGAUACUCGGUGCUCGAGGCGCGAUGCGCGAUGCGCGAUGCACGAUAUCGAUCUCCCUCUCGUCUGUUCUCUUCUGGCUUGACCUAGCCUCGCCUGCCAGCUCUGCUGUUCUCGUGUCCCCGUAUCUGCGGGCUCUAGGCUGGGCUGCAUCCAACGCUCAUCGGGGUCUCGCGCUUUUGCAAUGGCCUCUCGGACAGCCAGUCUCCGCCUCCAGCGUUGAGAUUCGUUGGCGGUGGCGUGGCAUGGCUGUUGAUGGAGGAAUGGCCAUCUCAACUCUCGUGCUGGCACCCGCUUGCCAUCAGCGAGUCAGAGCCUUCCAGGUCAGCGUUCCGACGCGGAAGCCGAGUUCGGAUGUCCGAGGUUGAGUCUCUGAGUCUCUGAGUCUCUGAGUCUUUGAGUCUUUGAGUGCAGCAGGCAGGCAGGCAGGUACAAGCGCUGGUGCGUCCAUCGGAACCACAGUUUGAUAACUGGUGAAGUUUGGGACCGUCAGCAAGCGCGAGACUUGGAAGCCUUAGAGACCGAGGAGCGAUGCCCGAGCUUCGGUCCCCGGUCGCACUGGUGUCCCAGUACCGUAAAUGACUGCCGUACUGCACUCUGGUUCCGGGGGUUUGCAUGUCCGUUGUGUUUC